AGUUGGAGGCGCGGGAGCGCUGCCGAACAGAGGGAAGGCGCAGGGGAGCGAGGGCCAGAGCCGGCCGGAUCCCUCCCGCCGCACCGUCCCCAUGGCUCCCGCCGCCCCUUGGGCCGUGCUGGCCGUCGGACUGCAGCUCUGGGCCGCGGGACACGCCGUGCCCGCCCAGGUCACGCUCACCCCCUAUAUCCCGGAGCCUGGAAGCUCGUGCCAGCCGAGAGAAUACCAAGACAAGAGGACCAAUAUGUGCUGCAGCAUGUGUCCUCCCGGCUACCAUGUGCGAUUCCUCUGCACCGCUACCUCAGAUACAGUGUGUUCCCCUUGCGAGGAGAGCACGUACACCCAGAUCUGGAACUGGGUCCCUGAGUGCUUGAGCUGUGGCUCCCGCUGCAGCCCUGGCCAGGUGGAGACCCAGGCCUGCACCCGGGAACAGGACCGCGUGUGCAGCUGCAGGCCCGGCUGGUACUGCAUGCUUCCGAGUCAGCAGGGCUGCCGGCUGUGCAUGGAACAGCGCAAGUGCUACCCCGGCUUCGGUGUCGUCACGCCAGGAACCGCAACGUCAAAUGUGAUGUGUGCUCCCUGUGCCCCAGGGACAUUCUCUGACACAACGUCAUCCACGGAUCCUUGCAGGCCCCACCGGACCUGUGAGUCGACGGCCAUCCCUGGCAACGCAAGCCGGGAUGCGGUCUGCACAUCUGAUCUCCCCGCCAAGACAAGGGAGCCAGGCUUAGCCCUCGUGCCCCGGCCAGGGCCCACGAGGUCCCCACACACGGAGCCAACUCCAGGGUCCAGCGCGGCUCCAAGCCCCUCCAUCCUGUCCCCGGUGGUCCCAAGUCCCCCGACGGAAGGGAUCACCACGGGGAAUAUCUCUCUUCCAAUUGGGCUGAUCGUGGGUAUGACAGCCUUGGGACUGCUACUAAUAGUGGUUGUGAACUGUUUCAUCAUGACUCAGAAGAAAAAGAAGCCCUUCUGCCUGCAGGGAGAAGCCAUGGUGCCUCACCUGCCUGCUGAGAAGGCCCAGGAUGCCCCGGGCUCCGAACAGCAGCACCUGCUGACCACGGCGCCAAGCUCCAGCAGCAGCUCCCUGGAGAGCUCGGCCAGCGGCGCGGACAGGAGGGCACCCUCCAGCAACCCACCACAGGCACCGGGCAGGGACCAGGCCCAUGGGUCUGGGGAGGCCCGGGCCAGCUCCGGCAGCUCAGAGUCCUCCCCUGGUGGCCACGGGACCCAGGUCAACGUCACCUGUAUUGUGAACGUUUGCAGCAGCUCCGACCACGGCUCUCAGUGCUCCUCCCAGGCCAGCUCCACAGCAGGGAACAUGGACUCCAGCCCCGCAGGCUCCCCGAAGGACGAGCAGGUCCCCUUCUCCAAGGAGGAAUGCCCUUUUCAGUCCCAGGCAGGGGCCCCAGAGACUCUGCGGCAGAGCUCAGAGGAGAAGCCUCUGAACCUCGGCGUGCCCGACGCCGGCAUGAAGUCCAGUUAGCCAGGCUGGCGUGGGCCGCGGCACCGCCCAGGUGGGCUGACCUCUGAGCAUCCUCGGCCCCCACCCCCAGCACUCUCGCUCCUUCUAGGCCAAAUUCCUUUAGUGGCCUCCACAGCCUUGGCCUUUCACCUGCCAGCAGAGGGAAGAGGCGGAGAGAGUUGUAGGCCUCUCCUCGGAAGGCCGGCUGGGCACACUGAGCCGCCCAGGGGGCCUCUGCCUCUCUGGUUUUGUGAACUUGGCUUCUGAAGCCCUCGUUGUUCCCCCUGGGCUCUACCUGGCUCUGGCUCCCUGGGAGGCCCCAGCAUCCUGCCUCCCAGAGGGGCCCGAGGGGGCAGGGGAGCGCUGUAUGUCCUCCAUGGAGAAGGGGCAGCGAUUCGGCCCCAAUGCCGAGACUGCAGGAUGGUGCCAGAGGGGGAAGGGGCUGUCAUCAGUCAGAUAGUUCUGCGCGGGGUAGGGGGUCCCCUGGGUUAGCUAAGGACCCUUCGGAAGCACCCCCCGCCCUUCCUGCUAGUUCCACCUCUUGUACACAGAAAAUCAGACACCCAGAGGGCCCAGGAUGGCGGCCUGGAUGCCUGACCCGCCUUGGGCAGGACGGCAGACCUCUAACAGGAAGUCUUCCCAUUUUAAUGUGUGGCAAUGAAAAACAAAACAAAACAAAACAAAACAAAACAAAACAGUAAGUGCCAUGCAGACAAACAGGCCAACAACACAACAAAGCCAAAAUCUCGGAGUUGGCCUUCUCUGCCUUUGACCUUCACCCUGUACCCAGAGCGCCAGCCCCACCCCCCUCCCUCGCUGUCUGGUGUGGGGUCCAAGGCCACACCUUCUAUCAGGGAAUUUCAGACCUGGAGAUGACCGAGGCCUGCAGCCACCUCUCUCUCCUCCUACCUCAGCCUCCACCUUCCUCCCUCGACUCGCGAGGGGUGCCCCUGUUCCCCCCCAGCCUCCUCCCGCUGUUCCUGCCGCAGGGGAGUGGCGGGGCCACUUUGGUACUGUUCCUGUCAUGAUCCCCAGUGGAUGUGAGAUGCUGAGAGCCAGUCUGUGUGUGGCUGUGUGCCUGUCGUGUGCUGUGGGUCUGUGUAGCUGAUGUUGUCCAGCCGAAUGGCCUUCCUGAAGCAGCUGAAGCCAACUUUUGCCAAAGGGUUCUUACUUAUUAAAGAGUCAGGCUAUUCCCCCCAAACACCUUUGUCCACACCCUGCAGAGGGUGGGCAAGUGUGUGGCCUCACCAGAUUCUGGAAAGAAGAUUCCUUGAGAAGCCAAUUUGGGUUCAUGGUACUUGGGUCCCUUGUUGAAAAAUUCCACUGGACUUGAACUUUGCAGCCAAACUUUUAGAGGGUCGGGGAGUCCAGCUGUUACCAUGGAGACAAGAAAAGCUUCCCACCCUGGAAUCAAGAUGUGCCUCUGCUGCCUGGACCGGCCAGUGUUGCUGCCCACUUUCGUCCCUGCACAGCCAUGGAGCAGGGCUGCCCCCUGGUGGACAGUUCCGGGAGGCCCUCCGACCUCACCAUGACUCCAGCAGGGCAGGGAAGCAAUGAAUUAAAUAAAAGGAGACCUUUCUGGAUGUAGCCUCAGUUCCCCCCCAGCUUGUGUUGUUCCCAAGACCGUGAGAUUUUGCACUGUAUACUGAAAAGCAUUCCUGCUUCUAAAUAAACCUUCUGUUUG